GCACGUGUAGUCAGCAAAAUCUACCACAUCAGCCCCCACGUCCAGGAAAUAAGCUUACGCCUGCUGCCCACGGAUCAGACGUCCUGUUGGAGGAGGGUCUGCCACACACCUGGAGGGCAGGCUUGCUUGGAACAACGUCUUCGAUAGUCCAACUUGAAUCCCUGCAAUUACCUCACCUAGCAUCCCAAGCCAGUCUUAACACCUGCAAAAGGUCAGGAGAAGAUUCUCUGUUUGUCCUAAUGUAUACUAAGGACUUGACAUCCCAAGCACUAAAAGCCUGUGAUAGUUAAUUAGAUAGUUACUACCAUUAUUUGUAUACUGGUGAGGAAGCUUAGGUACAGAGAAACUAACGUGCCUGAGAGUACAUAUCUAGUACUGGGAAAGACUUGGGGGAGGAAAUCUCAGAUGAACACAUCCCACAACUCACACGGCAGGACUCUGCACAUGCUAGACAAACGCUCUAGUCCUGACCCAUGCUCUAGCCCGUCUCAUAACCUGAGUCCCCCUGAGCUACUUGGCUCACAUCUGCUCUGAACUGCUCACCGUUGCCUCUGUAUUGGUGUCAGGGCUCCUGGAUGGUGGUGCUAGCCUAAGUGAGGAGUUGGAAGGUUCGAACUCUAUCCCAGCAUUUGCAAGAAAGGAGAGCAGCAAACGCUUGACUGACAAGGCAGCAGGCCCAGAGAGAGGGUGGCAUGAGACCCACCGCUUUAACACACAGUCUGCACAUGUUGCCUCUGAAGCAAACCUAGAGAGGUGUAUGAAACCUCCCUGGCCUCGGCCUGAGGGAGGCACAGAAGCUGAAAAGUGGAAUCUAAGAGGCCUGCCACUGCCCCACAGGUGAUGUUUUCAUAUAAGAAGUAACUUGGUUAUUAUUAGUCUAUUAGUAAACGUUGAUUUGUUUUGGGACAGGGUCUUGCUCUAUAGUCCAGGUUGGCCCAGAAUUUGUUAGAUAGCUCAGGCUUAACCUUAAACUCAUAAUUCUGCCUCAGCCUCCAGGUACUAGGAUUACAGACAUACAUCACUAUACUGGGCUUUUAAGAAUUAAAAAAAAAAAAAGCUGGGCGGUGGUGGCACAUGCCCUUAAUCCCAGCACUCGGGAGGCAGAGGCAGGCAGAUCUCUGAGUUCGAGGCCAGUCUGGGCUACAGAGUGAGUUCCAGGAAAGGCUCCAAAGCUACACAGAAAUCCUGUCUUGAAAAACAAAAAAAAAAAACAAAAAAAAAAUUAAAAAAAUUUUAUGCCACCAGGCAGUGGUGGUACACGCCUUUAAUCCCAGCACUUGGGAGGCAGAGCCAGGCGGAUCUUUUUGAGUUCGAGGCCAGCCUGGUCUACAGAGCGAGAUCCAAGAAAGGCGCAAAGCUACACAGAGAAACCCUGUCUCGGAAAAAAAAAAAUUUAUGCAUAUAUAUCCCUGCAUGUCUGUGCACCACAUAUGUGCCUGGAGAGGACAAAAGAGGGUGUUUGAUCCCCUGGAACUGGAAUUACAGGUGGAUGUCAGCUGGGUUUGGAAAUCGAACCUGGGUCCUCCAGAAAGAGCAGACAGUGAAGAAACCAAUGAGCAAUCUCUCCAGGUCCCUAAGCAUUUUUAAAAAUUAUUAUUAUUAUUUUUUGUGUGUGUGUGUGUGUAAGUGCAUGUUGAAUGCCAUGAUGUGUGUAGAAUUCAGCUUGCAAGAAUCCUUUGUCCACCAUGUAGGUCCCAGGAAUCCGACUCAGGUCAUUAGGCUUGGUGGCAAGUGUCUUAGAGCCAGCCCCCUAACUCUUUUGUUUAUGGGCCUGGUGAGAUGGCCAUGUGAGUUCAAACCCUGGGACCAUAUGGUAGAGGAAGAAAACCCCCACAGGCUGCCCUCUUUCUGGAAUAAAUAAUUGACAAAACAAUAAAAAGAAUUCCCUCCAGUCUACUUGAUGGGAUCAAUCAAUUUAUUAUUCUGUGUGUAUGGGUGUUUUAUCUGCAUAUAUGUCUGUGUGCCACAUAUGUGCCUGAUGACUUGGGAGGACAGAAGAGGGUGUCAGAUCCCCUGGAACUGGAGUUACAGAUGGUGUGGAUUGUCCUAUGGGUGCUGGGAAUCAAACGGGUUGUGCUGUUAACUGUUGAGCUAUCUCUCCAGCCCCCACUCCCCGAAACACUUGAGUUUUUUUCAGGCAAGGCACAAUUUCAUUGUUCAAAGUCACUGCUGUAGUAAAUGGAGGAACUGGGAUUUGAACUGGGGGAGUGUGGCUGGUGACAGAAACCCAGAGAGGGAUAAGGGCCACACAACCACAGUCCCCAAGCUGUUGGCUCCCUUCUAGCCUAGGAAAAGUAACACCUGACGCUUAGCUGGCUGGGGGCGGAGCAGGGGUGGAGCCAGGGAGACCCAGGUGGCCUCUCUGAACAAGAGCACUGAGUGGCCUGGAGCAGCAUGAGGCAGAGCUGGGGACCAGGGCUGCUUAUUGUGGGAGCUGUGGUCCUGAUAGAGGGUAAGUCACUCAAGCAGACUGCAAUUUGGUAUGCAAGGGAUCCUGAGGGGCUAGUCUCCCUGUGGAUGUCCUUGGCUAGGUGUGUGUGUGUUUGUGUGUGUGUGUGUGUGUGUGUGUGUGUGUGUGUGUGUGUGUGUGAGAGAGAGAGAGAGAGAGAGAGAGAGAGAGAGAGAGAGAGAGAGAGAGAGAGAGAGAGAGAGAGUGUUAGUUAGUUGUGGGGGUGAGGAGAGAGAGAGAGAGAGAGAGAGAGAGAGAGAGAGAGAGAGAGAGAGUUAGUUAGUUGUGGGGGUGAGGGGAGGUAAUGAAUGCACAGCCUUCUGUCACAUGGUGGAUACCGCCACUGUUCCUAGCUUGGCGAGGAGACAGAAAAGCUAAGUAAUGUGCUUGAGACCACAGUCUAGUGUCCGGCUUAGGGAGGGAAGGAUCUGAGAUCACUCUAUCUGUAUGGAGUAACCUCUGGCCCCACAGGCUUGGAGCUGUCCACGCUAACUCUGCUUCAGAUGUGCAGCAGACCCAUUUGUGUGAACGUAUGAUUGGGUUCCAGGCAGGGCAGGGACCCUCCGGAAAGGUCAGCUUCCAGAAAGUUUGAUUCAUUAGCACAGUGGUGGAGUGAGUCUCACUUGGGGCCUCCCCCACUUUGGACAUGACACAGGCCUCUAAUCUACCCUUAGGCUUCCCCAGCUGAAGGGACAAUUAAGCUAAUGCUCUUCACAUACACAGGCCACCUCCCUGACUCAGUGGUAGGGGCAGGAGUCAGGGGUUCAGAAGCCUGGAGGAGGGUUGGCCUACUCCCAAGGUAAAUCUCAGGCCUUGCUUCUUGGGACCAGGAGUGCUGAGCACAGCUGAGAAUUAAUGGCUGUAUACUCUGAAUGGGCUCCAAUAAAAGCUGCUUUUCAGCCUCAUAUAAAUAUUUUCAUUCUGGGAGAGGCUGGUAAGGUAGCCAGUCAUAGAAAAGGACCCAGGGCCCGUCCUUCAACUCAACCCCUCCCUCCACCAAACCUGGGCCCGGCAGUUAAGGCACCUCUACAUCUUGUGUCUUUUUCUUCCUAGGUCUUCAAGCAGCUCAGCGUGGUAAGUGGUGGUGGGGACAUGGGACCAGGGCUGUGCUCAUGGAUGAUGGAGGAAUGGCACCCUGUGGUCCUGAGGUCAGGACAGGGUCAGCAUGACUCAUCCUUCUCUACAGCAUGCGGGCAGCGCGGCCCUGGCCCUCCAGAGCCUCAGGAAGGCAGCACAUUACCUGGUGAGUGGCCCUGGCAGGCCAGUGUGAGGCGACGAGGGGCACACAUCUGCAGUGGCUCCUUGGUGGCAGAUACCUGGGUCCUCACAGCUGCCCACUGCUUUGAAAAGGUGGCCACAACAGAACUGAGCUCCUGGUCCGUGGUCCUGGGUUCUCUGAAGCAGGAGGGGCUGAGCCCGGGGGCCGAGGAAGUGGGAGUCACUGGCCUGCAGUUGCCCAAGGCCUAUAACCACUAUAGCCAGGGAUCGGACCUGGCCCUGCUCCAGCUCAGCCAUCCCACAGCCCAUACAACCCUCUGCUUGCCCCAGUCCACCCAUCACUUCCCCUUUGGAGCCUCUUGCUGGGCCACAGGCUGGGACCAGAACACCAGUGACGUUUCCAGGACCCUACGGAAUCUGCGUCUUCGUCUCAUCAGCCGCCCAACUUGUAACUGUCUCUACAAUCGGCUACACCAGCGGCUGCUGGCCAGCCCCGCGAGACCUGGGAUGCUGUGUGGGGGUGCACAGCCUGGGGUACAGGGACCCUGCCAGGGAGAUUCUGGGGGACCUGUGAUGUGCCGGGAGCCUGAUGGACACUGGGUCCAGGUUGGAAUCAUUAGCUUCACAUCAAAAUGUGCCCAAGAGGACACUCCCGUGCUGCUGACUGACAUGGCUACGCACAGUUCAUGGCUGGAGGCUCACGUUCACGGGGCAACUUUCCUGGUACAGGACCCAGGAACUGUGGAAACCAGUGACGAGAACAGCUGUGUCGCAUGCGGCUCCUUGAGGAGUGGAGGCCCCCAGGCGGGAGCCCUCUCUCAGUGGCCCUGGGAUGCCAGGCUGAAGCACCAUGGGAAGCUGGCUUGUGGUGGAGCCCUGGUGUCAGAGGCAGUGGUGCUGACUGCUGCUCACUGCUUUAUCGGGCGCCAAACCCUAGAGGAGUGGAGUGUAGGUCUGGGGGCUGGACCAGAGGAACGGGGCCUGAAGCAACUCAUUCUGCAUGGGGCCUACACCCACCCAGAGGGUGGCUAUGACGUGGCCCUCCUGCUGCUGGCUCAGCCUGUGACAUUGGGCCCUGGCCUGAGGCCCCUUUGCUUGCCCUAUGCUGACCACCGCCUGCCUGAUGGUGAACAUGGCUGGGUUCUCGGGCUGACUCAAGGAGCAGGCAACAGCUAUCCCCAGACAGUACCUGUGACAGUCUUAGGGCCAACAGCCUGUAGCCAACAACAUCCAGCCCCUGGGAGCACAGGCAUUCCCAUUCUGCCAGGGAUGGUAUGCACCACUGUUGUGGGUGAGCUGCCUCAAUGUGAGGGCCUGUCUGGGGCACCCCUCGUCCAUGAGGUCAGGGGCACAUGGUUCCUGGCUGGACUGCACAGCUUUGGAGACACCUGCCAAGGCCCUUCGAGGCCUGCCGUCUUUGCUGCCCUCUCUGCCUAUGAGGACUGGGUCAGCCAUCUAGACUGGCAGGUCUACUUCGCUGAGGAGCCAGAGCCAGAGGCUGAGCCUGGAAGCUGCCUGGUCAACUCAAGCCAACCAGCCAGCUGCUGACUGGUGACUCUCUAGUCUACUCACAAGACGCCCGAAAAGCCAGGCAACUCCCACGUCAACACCCAAUUCCACACUGAUGCCCUUCCCCUCCCUGUCUUGUGGUUCCCAGCCCUGAGGCAGGUCCCACAGCUGUCUGGCUGGGAAUGAGCCUGCCCAAGGUCGCUUUCCAUGUGUGGCCAUGACCCCACCCCUAAGCUCUGCCUUCCAACAGAGAUGUCUCCAGUAUUCCCUAAACAGU